AUGUCGAGGGAGGAGAAUAAUGCGAUCCGUUCACUCUGGAAUGAUGAGAACAUUGUCAUCCUCCCAGCCGACAAGGGCAGCGCAAUGGUCGUGCUCGAUAGGGAGGCGUACAGCGACAAAGUGCGUGAUCUCCUUCACAGCCCGGCCUAUGAAACGCUGGCGAAAGACCCCACACCAAGAGUCCAAAGGGAACUGAACAAGCUCCUGGCGGAUAUCUUUAAGAGGCCACCCGGAGGUGCCUGCGGGUCGAGUGAUUCCCCUCCAGAGCCCGAAUCCAAGCCCAGCCCUGUCAAAGAGGGAGUCCUGAUUGACCUGUGCAGUGAAAUCGACACCACUCUCCAGGUUGCCCCCAUCCGCAAAUCGGUGCCAGCUGGUGGGCUGACGUUCCCCACUGUCGGGGAGUCCAUUGCGACCUACUACAAUGCCUCGCCACCGAAUGUGGAGCGUUCUUACUACAACGUCGCAAGGCUGAACGACGCUCGGCCCACUUACUCCAACCUGGACAGCUCUGACCGAUACUACUCGUGCGUGACGGCUGAGAGUGCAGCCCCGCUGUCUCGUGUCAGCAGUUGCCCAUCGCUGAGUGUCGAUGACCUGCUGUCAACGCCCAACAAUAGUGGCCAGUCUCAAGGGCUGCCUUCGCAGGUGGAUGCCUUUGACUGGCUUGAUGCCAAGAUGGAGGCCGUACGCAAAGCUCAGGUCUCCCCGAAGCACGUGUCGUUGUACAGCAGAUUGCCACCGAGCUCCAUGGGAACGACCAAAAGUGCCACAGUGUGUGGCGUGCCCCUGUUGCGACCUCCACCAUCGCGCGACAAGCGCCUGUUCCCCAGUGAUGUGCAGGUGACGGGCGUGGACUUACUGCAGCAGCUUCCGCCGCCUCCGACGCUUCCAGCACCACUUGCCCAGG